UAAACGGACUUUAUCAGUUAAACCUAAGAAAUAAGGAAAAUGAGAGCCACUGUGGAGAUUUUCCUUGGCCUGGCGGCGAUUUUAAUAUGUCUUUACACUGCGAAUGCCUCGCUAGAGAUCGAAAACAAUGAAGUGAAUCAUAAGCUAAGCGGCGUUAUACAAUGGAAAUACGAGAAAAGACCAUUUUGCAAUGCAUUUACAGGCUGUGGACGUAAACGCACCUCCUAUCCCUCCUAUCCGCCAUUUUCACUUAUUAAACGCAAUGAGCUCGAGGAGAAGCCCUACAACAAUGAAUAUCUGUCCGAAGGCUUAAGCGAUCUGAUCGACAUCAAUGCAGAGCCAGCUGUUGAGAAUGUGCAAAAGCAGAUCAUGUCGCAGGCCAAGAUCUUUGAGGCUAUAAAGGAGGCCAGCAAGGAGAUCUUUAGGCAGAAGAACAAGCAGAGAAUGCUCGAGAACGAACAGCAGCAGCAACUGGAGCAGCGCGAGAACAAUUAAUAUGGCAUAACGCACAUGA